AUGAAAACCACUCAGAUACAAACUCUACAGAAACAUCUGGAUGAAAUUAACAAGACAAUGUCUGACAUCAAGGAAGAAAUUAAUUUAAUGGAAACUGCAAUGGACACUAAUGACUUGUCAGAACUAUUUAGUGUCAUGUCUAGUGUACAUAGAUUCAUAAAUCUUCCACACAAAAUCAUACCAUUGUUACCCAAAUUCAUUCCAGGAAAAAUUCAUCAAGAAGAACUAUGUAGAUUGUUUGGAGCCUUACCACCAAGUUCUCUAGCAACAGAAAAAAAUGGCUACAGCAUGAAGACAACUAAGAAAUCACCAGAAGCUGGAUCUUCUCCUCCAGUCAAACAGUUGCUUGAUGAACCAGAGACUGUCACCACCAUAAACACCACUGGGUAUGAACUUGACAAUGUUGCUUGUCUGAGUGAUGAAGAAAUAUGGACAAGUGGAAAUGACAGCACCAUGAAACUCUACAGCAUGAAUCAGGGAUCACUACUCAAGUCAAUCACAACCAAGUCAGGGAAGUGGCCAUCUGACAUAGUAGUGACAAAAAGUGGAGAUCUAGUUUAUACUGAUACCGUAGAAAGAACUGUGAACAUUAUGAAGAACGAGAAGAUAGAGGAGGUGAUCAGACUACAGAACUGGGGACCUAGUGGUGUCUGUAGUACCUCCUCUGGUGACCUCCUGGUUAUCAUGGACAAUGAUGAUUGCAAAACAAAAGUUGUUUGUUACUCAGGCUCCACAGAGAAACACACCAUUCUGUUUGAUGAUGAAGACCAGGAUGGACAGUUCCUCCGUUACAUAGACUGUGGACUGCGUUUUCCCUGGGGACUGUGUACAGAUACAAAUGACAAUCUGUUUGUUGCUCAGUAUACAAAGAAACAA